AUGGUACCCAUCCACCCCGAGCAAAUCCCAGCGUCUGUUGUACCGUACACUUUGAGUUGGAUCUUAAUUUUGUCUUUGCUGUUUGUUUCAGGCUGGCUCUCUGUCUCUGGUUCUGAAUUUCAGACUGUGGAGGUCCAGUCUGGUGAAGACGUCACACUGCAGUGCUCCAACAUUUCCAGAAGUUCAACACAUACAGAGUGGUUCAGAGUGGUCAACCGAGCUACGUUGAGCUGCAUUGCCUCUAUGUAUGGCUCCAAUGGACAAGCUUCUUUCUGUGAUGGAUUUCAAAAUGGAAAAUUCAAUAUGACUUCCAACAACGUUGCCGUCUUUCUUCAAAUAAAGCCAGUGGAUCUGUCUGAUGCUGGCCUGUAUUUCUGUGGAUUUUUCUUGGACUAUCAUAUAAUUAUUUCCACUAGGGUACAGUUGAGAAUUCAAGGUGGUGAAACCAGUGAAGGAGAGGAUUUUAAGACUGAAGAAGAGUGCAACAGAACGACCCAACCAUUGAGCAUCAUCCUGGCUGGUCUGACUGGUUUACUCAGUAUAGUGGUCAUUGUUCUGGUUUUAAAAGUCAGGAAACCUCAAACAGGUAAAUUAACUCCACAACAGCAGCCAGAGCAAAGCAGUGAGAAUGUGGACUCCGUUUACCUGAAAUCUGCAGCAUUGAGACUCCACCCACAAACACCCAGAAGCAGAAGGCCUGCAAUAGAGACACAAGUGGAAACUCAUGUUGUUUAUGCUGCCAGUGCAUAGAGCUGAUUCUCUGUGUUCAUGAUGGGAAAACGUGUUUAGUGGUUAAGUCUUUAUAACCCUUGACUAAACAUUUUAUAUCUGUUUUUCUGCCUUAAUUUGUCUUCAUAUCAAAUAAAAUAUGGGCAUAUAAAGUUACUCAUAGGGAGAGUCAGGUCGUCUUCAGGGGGAAGGAGGCAUGAGCGAGAUACUGAUCACUUGACAGGAAGAGACUUCACAGUGUGGUCUGAGUGCUGAACUCACAAGGCCUGUACAGUCAGUAAUGGUUCACAGCAAAGUUUAAGAAAGGCAUUGAAGCUUGAGCUAGAUAACGUCAGGCUUUGUACUUUCACAGACUUUAGAAAAAUAUUCCAAGACAGUAAUAUGUUUUAUAAUGAAAUGUAAUUGAAAAUAUAUUUUUUGAUCCUGCAAACUUUGAUGAAAAGCAGUGUAAGAGUCACAAUAAAAUCUGUGGAACAGUAAAAAUUUGCUGAUUUUAAGACUACAGAUGAUCAAGAAACAAAGAAAAUCCUACAACAGUUUUCUCUUUGCUGACGUAAAUGAUGAAACCACAGAUUUAAUACAACAUUACUACCACAUAAGUGGUACUAAAUGGACGCCAUUUAAAUUUAUUUUAACUUUGUAAAUGUUAAUUGCACCUCUAUCACACCCUGAAACAGUCAGUGUGUAUAUGGGCAGCUUUCUUGCUUGACCACGUUCUUGUGCACAUUCUGGGGUGCAACAAAUCUCAUGCUUCCCCCCCUGUUAUUUUCCACUGCGGUGACAACACUGUGUAUCAGAUAAACUGAAAACCACACAGACACUAGCCUUUAA